CAGCAUGUUCAUGUCGUGCUUCGACCGCGUGGUGACCGGCUCGGUGCCCGCGCUGCUCAAGCAGAACGGCUUCGACUUUGACGAGGAGUACUCGAUCUGGAGCCUCGCCGACAUCAUCUACGAGCUCGGCGGGCUGAACCGGCACCUGAUGUACACGACGUACCUCAUCUUUUGCGUCAUCGGGCCGGUGACGCGCUGCAGCACGCAGCUGCUGCUACUGCUGCUGCCGCUGCCCACAAAGUGGCUCCGCGCCCUGCACGAGCUCUCCCGCAACGCCUCCAUCUUUUACGCGCUCGAGGUGCUGCUCGUGGCCGUGCCGUUGCUCAACAUGACGUUUGGCCCCGUGUCCAAGAACCUGCUCACAGUCAAGAGCCAGCCCGCGCUCUGCGUGCCGCUCGCCGAGCGCUUCGGCGAGGAGACGUGCCUCAUGCUCUCCGUCAACCUCGCGAAGGGCUACUACGUCCUCUGCGUGCACGUCGCCCUCUUCCUCUACUCGGGCUUCGACGGCUCGCCGACGCACAAGUACUGCCAGCACGAGCUACACCGCUCCGACUGCCCGCCCUUCCCGUGCUGCUCCCGUGGCGGCAAGAAGGGUGGCCGGCAGGCCGAGCAGGCCUCCGGAGGGGAGGCGGCCACGUUGCACUGAUCACUGAUUAGGUACGUGAGGUGUCGCUGUCGAAUGUGUCGCUGUCGACUCUGCGUGGACUGCCGCCCGGGAACACCGGGGCCAUGGGACUGGCGCGCCCAGUGUAAAAGGGAACCCAAAAAACAAAAGCGAAAAGGC